CUUACCAUCCAUCAGAUCCUAAGUUUGUGGAGUUUCGGCCAAGUUUUGUGGCCGAAGCUGCACUUCAUUGCAUCUUCAUGGGAGAAGACUUUCUCCCCCCUCACUGUCGUCUCUACCAAUUCACUGCUCAGAUUCCUCAAGAUCAGAAGGAUGAUUUGGCAAAGUGUUAUGAGAUGAUGGAGAAGGAAAGACGACUGCGUCGACCUACGAGCAAAGACGCAGUCGGGGCGCACUAAACACACAAAGAAAAGGAGGGGCGACCGCCAGAGCAGCACUGGACGGAAAUGGCAGCGACUCUUUUGCCAUUCUCAUCAUCUUCCUUCUCAACAACACUUCCAGUCACCGGUCAACAACAAAGCCUUUUCCCCAGCAAUCACAUUCAAACCUCCAAACUUUCAAGGAAACCCAUCUCCUUCAUUGUCCAUGCUGCAAACCCUCCUGCUGGGGUGGAAUUUCCCAAGGAUAAGCCAAAACUAAAGCCCACAUUUCUUGGUUUCACAAGAACAGCUGAAAUAUGGAACUCUAGAGCUUGUAUGAUUGGUCUCAUUGGGGUUUUCAUUCUAGAACUGAUCAUGAAUAAGGGAGUACUUGAGAUUGCUGGGGUCAAUGUUGGAAAAGGCCUCGAUCUUCCCCUCUGAAGGAGUGUUGGGAGUGUUCUCAUUCAAGCCCUUGUAAAAGCACACUUUGAUUUUGGUUGACUCUAUUCGCAUGUGUAAUUUCAUAAA